AUGGAUAACGAGAAGAUCCACGAUGGCGUUCUCGAAAAAGGAGAAGUGACAGAAGGUUAUUCCACAGAACAAGGCUCAAUCAUCAAUGCAUCAGGCCAUACAGAUCAACUCACUCGUCAGUAUGGGCUAGUCGGACUCACUGGCAUCGCCGUCACUGUCAACAAUGCCUGGGUCGUACUCGGCUCCUCAAUCUCCGUCUCUAUCCUGAGCGGGGGCAUUUCCGGAAUUAUAUACGGACUCAUUGUCGCUGUGUUCUUCUAUACCUUCAUCGGUGUAAGCAUCGCCGAGCUUGCGUCGUCAUGUCCGAGUUCCGGUGGUGUAUACCACUGGUCUACAAUAGCAGCCGGUCCUAAAUGGGGUCGCAUCACUGGCUUCUAUGCAGGCUGGAUCAACUUCUACGGAUGGAUGUUUGGCCUAGCAUCUCUAGUCCAAGUUGCUGCCAAUGCAGGCGUACAAUGUUACGCGACUCUCACGCCUGACUUCUCACCCUCAGCAUGGCACGUCUAUAUCGCAUAUCUCAUUGUAAUAUGGUUGAGCGCGUUCGUCGUCAUCUUUUCCAACCGCCUAGUUCCGUAUACUCAGAAGCUCGGACUGUUCCUUGUCGUCGCGGGUGGUCUUGUCACCAUUAUCAUUGUGGCAGUCAUGCCUACAAAGCAUGCUUCAAGCCAAUUUGUUUGGAAUACAUUCCAUGAGAAUAACCUGACUGGCUGGAACGAUGGUACGGCUUUUAUGGUUGGUGUUCUCAACGGUGCAUUUACCAUCGGCACUCUCGACGCCAUCACCCAUAUGGCUGAGGAAACAACCAACCCAAAGAAAGACCUUCCGAGAGCUAUUUUUCUUUACAUCUCUAUUGGAGGAGUAUAUGCUUUAGCAUUCGCCGUUGUUCUUGGGUACGCCAUAUCGGAUCUUUCCGUACUACAAGGAAACUCCAACACCUUUCCUCUCGCUGGGAUAUAUCACCAGGCUACAGGUAGCCCUGCUGCCACAUUUGCCCUGCUAUUCAUUAUUCUCAUCUCAUCUCUAUGCUGUGUCAUCGGAACGGUAUUGACAAACUGCCGCACCUAUUGGACACUCGCUCGAGAUGAAGCUGUGCCGUUUUCCAAGUACUUCAGCAGGGUCAGUGCGAAGCUUGGAACACCGGUUGAGUCUACUCUUUUUGUCGCCGUUAUCGCAUCCGGAAUCGGAGCGAUUCCACUUGGGAGCUCUGUCGGGUUCAGCAAUUUGACAGGAUCUUUCAUCAUCAUCACAACGGUGUCUUAUGCCAUUCCGAUUGUGGCAAAUCUUCUGAGCGGCCGCAAGCGUUUCACUCCCGGACCUUUUCAUCUCAGGAAUUUCGGCUUCUUUAUCAACGGAUUCACACUAAUGCUGAUAGUUGUCUUUGAUAUCUUCUUCUGCUUUCCCGUUGGUAUUCCAUUUGACUCAACUACGAUGAACUACAACUCUGUGAUUCUUUGCGGUCUAUGUCUUUUGAUAAGCGCCUGGUGGCUUGCGUCUGCUUCGAAACACUAUCCGGGCCCCUCGUUCCACCAAACGCAUAUCGGUGACGAGGCUGAAAACGACUCGUGGCAAUGCGCAACGCACACAUUUCAGUCCUUCGUCGACGGCCCAAAACCCACGGGCAAAUUUCUGGACGCGAUACUCGGCCACGGUGACGUCGUACAGGAAGACUACACGUCAACCUUGGCCGACGCGAUGGGUAUGGGUAUGCCUGUAUGCACAUUCCCUCCUCAAUCUGAUUGGUGUGCUUUCAUCCUCAAGCUUACUGCGUAUCUAUUCGUCCUAUAG